AUGAGAAGAGGAAGUACUUUGAAAUUUAUUCUCAAAGGUGUACCAUUCUUAAUAGCAGGCAGUGCAACUUUGUUACUUGCAUACAAAAUACAGCAGAUCAAGUUCGAAUUUGGCCCAUCUUCAUCGGAGUUAGCUACCAAAAAAGAAUUCAAACAGUUUUUGAACAAAUACGGAAUUCACCAGCAAAGUGACGAAGCAAUUUAUCAGGAGCUUGUUGAAAAAAGAAGCGACGAUUGGGAAAAUAUUCGAGGGCCGCGUGAUUCGGAGGAUAAUCGCGAAUUUCUUGACCUAAAAAGACAUCGAGAAGAAGAACUCAGAAAAACUCGUAAAAAAUUAAGAGAACAGCGACAAGUUAUUGAAAAUAAUUAUUUUUACAGCAUAGCACUAAACAGACAUAGAGUAGGCUCAUCUGGUGAUUUCACUGAAACGCCUCCACCUCCACCUGGUAUUUCAACAAUAAGUAGAGAAGCUGUUAGAGGUAGUGAACAAACUCCUAUAAUUUCAUCACCAGCUCGAUCCGAUCAUCCACAAUCAUCAAGUAUUCAGUUCAUUGCGGAUCCUACUACUGAUCAUCAAACAAGUUUUCCAUCUUCUUUAUCUAUAAAUUCUAAUCAGUUAGCACAGCCUGUAUCUGAUCCUGCAAUUUCUACAUCAGCAACUUCCUUUCCGACACAAUCUUUUUAUGUGCCUAUGGUUCCAGGCUUUAAUCAAGAAACCUUUCAUACGAUUGCUGAAUCUCCGCAAACAACUGCAUCAAAUCUCUCGGAUUGUGACAUAACAUUGCCACAGUCUUUGGUCGUCAACGCCAGUUGUUCACAUCCUGCUGAUCCAGAAAAUAAGGAAGAACUCGUCGAUCGUGUUUUACUGGCCGAAAUCCUCGAAUUGGGUUUUGAAGAGUCUAUUGCUAUUUUAGCUUUAUCAAAGACAAAAGGAAUUGGUGGAGCUGAAACUGCUGUCAAUUGGAUUUUAGAGCAUAGCAACGAAAGUGAUUUUGGAUCAGACGAAGAGCAGAAUUUGAUGGGGGGAGUUCAGUUUUCAAAUGCUAUUGCUAGGAGGCACAAAAUGGUAUUCGUUGUUAAUAUGACUUUAAAGAUGGGAACAGGAAAAUUAGCUGCUCAAGUUGGCCAUGCAACAUUAGGUGUUUAUCGACUUGCGCAGCGAAGCGAAGAUGGGCAGCACGCAUUAGAUGCAUGGAGGAUUUCAGGAGAAAUGAAGGUGGUUGUUAAAGGACAUAACACCGAAAUGCUUCUAGAUCUCUUCAAACAGGCCAAAGACAUAGGUUUAUUUGCUUAUAUAGUAUCUGAUGCUGGCCUUACACAGGUUCCUGUUGGAUCACGCACUGUCCUUGGUAUUUUUGGUCCAUCUGAGACAGUUGAUAUGGUUACUGGUGAACUGAAGCUUUUGUGA